AUAGUGUGUGUAAGACCAAGUAUGAAUUCUGUCCCAGGUGGCCCCUCAUAGUUAAGGGAUGCUUACCGUGAUGCUACUGUAUCUAACAGGAUUUAGUUUUCACCUACAGUAGUAGGUGAAAACUAACAUAUUGUUGUAUAUUGUUUUUGUAUUUUUGUAGAUUAUUGACAUUGAAACUUUUAAUAUUUAUCAAUAACGUUACUAUUAUAUUAUUAUAUUAAGGGAGAGAGGAAAAUGAGAGGGAGACAGUUGACGGAAACAAGGAAAAUGAGAGUGAAAAUGAAGAAAGUUCGGAGGCAAGGGAGACAAAGCAGAGAAAGGCAAAAACAGUUGUUGAGUCUGGUGAAGAAAAUGAUGACACACAUGAAGGGGACGACAAAAUGACAACGCAAACACCACCAACAGUUGAAGAACUCACCGAAAGUGACAGUGAAGAACAACUUUCAGCGACAAUGACAAGAAGGAGAAAAGUAAAAACAGCUGUUUACUCUGGAGAUGAAAGUGAUGACACAAAUGAAGGAGAUUUCAAAAUUACAAUUCAACCAUCACCAACAGUUGAAGAACUCACCGAAAGUGACAGUGAAGAACAACUUUCAGCGACAAUGACAAGAAGGAGAAAAGUAAAAACAGCUGUUGACUCUGGAGAAGAAAGUGAUGACACAAAUGAAGGAGAUUUCAAAAUUACAAUUCAACCAUCACCAACAGUUGAAGAACUCACCGAAAGUGACAGUGAAGAACAACUUUCAGCGACAAUGACAAGAAGGAGAAAAGUAAAAACAGCUGUUGACUCUGGAGAAGAAAGUGAUGACACAAAUGAAGGAGAUUUCAAAAUUACGAUUCAACCAUCACCAACAGUUGAAGAACUCACCGAAAGUGACAGUGAAGAACAACUUUCAGCGACAAUGACAAGAAGGAGAAAAGUAAAAACAGCUGUUUACUCUGGAGAAGAAAGUGAUGACACAAAUGAAGGAGAUUUCAAAAUUACAAAUCAACCAUCACCAACAGUUCAAGAACUCACAGAAAGUGACAAUGAAGAAGAACAAAUUUCGGAGACAAAGGGAGAAGAGCACACAAAAAAAAAUGAUAAAGAGGACACGUACAGGACGUGCGUAGUCGGUCCAAAAGAAUUCAAAUUUAAGGUCGCAAGAAAAAAUUGGAUAAAAAUAAAGCCGGAAAAGGGAAAAAGACAACUGAGACCCCCAUGGACCGAUAUAUUCUACAAUGAAUUUAGAAAAAGCAACCCAUCGUGCACAUUGGCCUUUAAGUACCAAAAUAUUAGAACACGUGACAGCCGGAAAAAAAAAAUCACCAUACCUCCGCGCCACAGCCAAGUGCACGUUUGAAGGUUGUGAGGCGGUUUACACUUUCACCAGGAAAGGCCCACCAAAAUACAACGCAAAAAAGAUUACUGUCAUGGUGACACGGUUUGGGGAAGUCAAACACCUUAAGUCUCAGAGAAAAUGUAGGCCUGCAAGAUACCUCAGGAGAGGAAAAAUAGCAAAAGCAGUAAAAAGUGGUGUGAGCAACUGCUAUUACGAAUUGCUGAAAAACACACCUGUGGAGGAGAUCAUGGCUGGUAACAUAACCAGAAGCCUCACAAAAGACGUGUUAAAAAUCAUAUCUUACGAGAUCAGAAGCGUUGCAAGGCUUCACAAUGACCAAUUGUUGGAGCUAAUGCUCACUCAGAGGAUUAUCAGAGAGAGUGGUCGGCAAACUCGGCAUGCAUCAUCGAACGGCUAUCUGCAGCUCCUCCAGAUUGACCCUUUUGCAACCCACUUAUACACUGAUGCGGGCCUGCAAAUUUUGGCUGAACAUUUGAGAGGACCCAUGCCCACUACCCUAUACCUCGAUGCAACAGGUGGGGUAGUUCAGAAAGUACCCCAUCAGUCAAAAAGAGUUCUCUAUUAUGCCCUGGUUCUGCCUGGAAUGGGCAAGGACAAGCCGCCUUUGCCAGUCGCGGAGUUCGUGACUAACAGCCAUAGUGUUCCAUCAAUAUCGCACUGGCUUAUGGAGUUCAAUAGGAGGCUGUCCCACAUUACCGGGAGAAAAAUUGCACAAAUAGAGACAGAUUACAGCUGGGCGUUGAUGAACAGUGUGCUCAUCUCUUUUAACCACGAGGAUGUCUCUGCAUACCUUUGCAGAGCAUUCGAAAUUGUGUCGGGACAACUCAAAGUCAUUCCAAAAUUCACUGUGCUCCAUUUGUGCUCUGCACAUAUACUUAAGGCAGUCUCCCAGGCCUUUGGGAGAACAACCAGUGACAGAGGCAUAAAGGAGUAUGCAACAUACAGUUUUGCAUACCUGCUGAACUGUACAAGCUUGCCAGAAGCACUUGAGGUUUUCUACCACAUGUGUGUGCUGUUUGAUGCAGAACAGCACACAGACUCAAUCAAUACCAGUGAAAGGUACCUGAAUGGCUGCAUUUUGCAGAGUCAACACAUGGAUAUUGAGGAAACACAAGAGGGGAGCAGGAUCUGUGAUUCCAGUGACCCUUCCAAUGGCAUUCUCGCAAGGUCCCCCUUCAUGCAGGCUUUUGACCUAAGAAGGGAGCAAGCCACAUGUGACGUCCUGUCUGAUGAGGAAGCAGACAAAAACAACAACUACCACUGCCCAGGUAUAAUAAAUGUCUUGCUUAAGACAUACAUGGGCAUCUUUCCCUUGUGGAGUGGUGUACUACUCGCUGAUCUAUCGAGGCACUCUAAAGGAUCUAUCACAAGAGGAACAGGGUGCAAAACACGGGAAACCAACUGCCAUGUCGAACUAUGGUUUAGGUUGGUGAAACACAGCAUUCUGUGCAAAAGAAAAUACCUCAGACCUGCAGAGUUUGUCUCUAAAAUGUUUGCCUCAGUGCAGGGGAGGUAUGUUGAACAUGUGAUUCAACAAAGCCUGCCAAUUGAUGUACUUCAGAGAAACCUUCAAAGCUCUGUUAAGCUGGAAGAUGACCCAGAAGAGCAAUGGUGUAAGAGGGACACCUCUUCUGGCAGUUCAAAGCGCAAGUCAAAAUAUUUCAAUCCUCCAAAAAACAUUCCAAACCCCAAGACCAAGACCAAAAGCAAGAAGAUCAUAAAAGUGGAGCAGAAUCAACGGGUUGAAGAUGCACAAGUAAGUAAUGUGACGUUUUUUUAAAUGACAGGUGUGAGAUAAAGGACAUGAAAUGAAAAUGUUUUUUUUCCUCCUCAUUGCCCUAGGUAGAGACAAUGAGGAUGCAAUAUAAUUAUUAAUAGAACCUCACAUUUCACAUCGUACACUUAAACCAUAGAUCAUAGACCUUAAUUGCUACAUGGAUUUCAAUGUUAAUUCUGACUUUCAGUUAAACUUGCUGUGGAAAAAGAGGGGAACAGAGAUAAUUGUUGCAACCCUGCCAUCCCAAGUGAAGGGUCGGAGCCUCUUCAUCCACCACACUGAUCUACGGUGUCUACGACCCCACCUGUGGUUGACAGGAGAGAUAAUUCAGGGAUUGCUGCAUCUCAGUGCCUUCACGUACAACGUGGUGGACACCAUUUACCUAAUGGAUUAUUACACCGCAGGUGUACUUUUAUUUGGUGACAGAGCUACUACACGUCGCCACACUUUACCUAAGGUAAACUUCGAUAACUUUGACGGAAUCCUGUCAUUUGUCCACGUGAACAAAAAUCACUGGAACAUGCUGUACAUUCAUGCAAAGUCUGGUACUGUGUACCAAAUGGAUCCCUCACCAGCAUCCUCUGAGCUUGAGGACUCUACCCAUGCGGCUCAGAGACUACAGGAAUACUUGAAGAUUAGAAAACAUCAGGGGAAAACUGACUGGGUGGAUGUGAAGUGGAAAGGAGGAGUGAUGCCCCACCCAGUGCAAAUGGAUGGUUGCAGCUGUGGUGUCAUUGUUGUUGAAAUGGCCAGAGCAGUGAUGGAAGCCUUCCCUGAGUUCCCCAAAAUGAACUUCUCAACAAAAAGGAGAGCCAUGGAAGAGGCGAGGAGAGAUAUGGCUCUCCAAGUCCUUGAAUCAUCAGUCUUUGAUGAGGAGACUUGUUCGAUGUGUGGAGCUGACAAGCCCCCUGGACAAGCACCUCCCGUUACAGACUGGAUCCAGUGUGAUAAUUGUGACCGGUGGUUCCAUAACCUUUGCUUGAACAUGGACCAAAAUAAGUUAAAGGAACUCAAGAAAAGGCAAUGGCUGUGUGUUUUAUGCCGAUGACAAGGUUGAGGAAAAUUGUGCCUCGUCCAAGUGCCAGGUUUUGUUUAGAAAUGUGAUUAAAAAAAACGUAAAAGGCGUGUUAACAUCAGAAGAUGUGGAAAGCAUGAAUGGGGAGGGGAGACACACACACACACACACACACACACACACACACACACACACACACACACACACACACACACACA